GAGCUUAUCUCAUAUUUUAUUAUUACAAGCUGAUAACUUCAUGGAUCUGCAGAUUGAACAAUUUUUAGGUAAUACUCUAGUAGAUUUUCGUAAACAUAUACGCAAUACAUAUAUAAUUAAAAACAAAGUCGCACAAAGCAUUGCACUUGAUGAAGAUCUCGAGCCGAAAAAAGCAGAAAAAACUUUAGAACAAUUAUUCACAAAGUCUUUUGAUGAUCCAAUUGACCAGAAAAAGUUCAAAAGAAUGUGGUUUGUCUUUUUACAGCUAACGAAAAAUAUUCCUAUUAAGCCACUGAAAGACCUUCUCAUCAUAUGGCCAAACACUGCCAGUAUGAGCGCAAAAGUCUGUAAACUUGCCAAUUUAGAUUCUUCACGAGCAAAGCAACCAGAUAUGAUCGGCAAUGUUGUAAAUAACAACAAAUCUAAAUACGAAAUGAUGUUUGGAGAGAUUACAGGAGAAGGAAAAAAACAAUAA